AUGGCUAAUUAAGUUCAUAGUUUUAAUGUUGGAGAAGAUUACACUGUGCCUCAGUGGAGUGCAAAGUCUCCUUAUAAAUAUUUUUUUGAAGUAAUUAAGAAUGGAGUGCCAAUUGAAGAAAAAGAUAUCUCUUAUAAGCCAUUCUUGCUUUUAGGAAAGUAUUAAGAUUUAUGCGAUUUCGUCUUAGAACAUCCGACUAUAUCAAGAAAGCAUGCAAUUGUAUAGCAUAAAGCAAAUGGUGAGAUUUUUAUCUAUGAUUUAGGCAGUUCGCAUGGAACAUUUGUGAAUAAUAAAAGGCUUCCUAGCAAGAUUUAUCACAAAUUACAUCCUUUUGAUUCCAUAAGGUUUGCUAGUUCUACAAGAAUAUACAUUUUAAGGUGCAUAUAGCUGGAAGAAUAAGAAUAAUAAGAGGAUUAAUAGCAAUAAGAAAAUGAAGAGAAAACUAAUUAGGAAUUAAAACCAGAAGAAGGAUAAAAAGAAUCAUUAAUGAAGGAUGAAAGGAUAAGAACUCCUAAAGAACUUAAAGAAUUUUAUUUGAAUUUGAGAGAUAAUGAUCCAUAUUAUAAGUAGCAGAACAAAAAGCAUAAACUCACAGGUGGCCCUACUGAUUAAAAUAAGAAUGACAGUGAAAACGAUGGUGGUAUUACUUGGGGUAUUGGCGAUGAAUAAGAAGUUUAUGAUUAUUAAGAUGAAAGUCAGAUAGCAUUAAUACCAGAUUUACUUAAAAGACUGCCAAAUUUAAAUGAAAAAUAAGUAGAAAAAAUAGAGAAAUAUGAAGAAAGGUUAAAUAAAUAUAGAAAUGCAGAGUAGGAAUUGGAAGAAUUAGUAUCUAAAGAAAGAAAAGAAUAUGGCUUGGAAGAAAAAUUAAAAGUAAAAAAGGAAAAAUUAUAAGCUAAAAUGCUUGAAUUAUAAUCAAGUCUAGAUCAAGCUGAAGCAAAUGUGAGACAUUCGUUAUUUAAUGAAACCGAAGAUACUGAUGAAUAAAAAAAAAAAAGGACAUUUUCUAAGUUUGAGGAAAGUAGAUUAUUUGAUGAUGAAGAUGAUGAUUUUUUCGAUAGAACAAAAGCCAGUAAAAAAGUAUAAAUUGAUCAUGAUGAGAGAAAGAAAUUAAUCAUGAGCAAAAUAGAAAAUACUACUGAGAAUUUCUGGGGACUUAAAAAAAAGUUAGAAAAGUUAAUUACUGAGAGAUAUGAAUACAACAAAUAGGUUUUGGAUCUAAACAGCGAUAACAUUAAAAAGAGAGAUAAUUAAGAAGGAGAUGAUGAUGAGGAUGAGUUAGAAGCAUACAUGAAAAAAACUAACGAAACUUUGUUGAAGGAAAACAGAGAAAAGCUUUUCUCUAAAAUUAGAGAGCUUAAUAACGAAAUAGAUUUGAUAUCUGACAUGCUUAAGUAUAUUAAACCUGACACUGAAAUAGACUAUGAAUAAUUUGAAAAAGGAUUGGAAAAGCAAAUUUUUGGUAAUCACGAUGAUGAAGAUGAUGAAGAGGAUGAAGGGUUAGUUAAAAAGAAUUCAAUAUUGAAAGAAGAAAAAAAAUAGAAGCAACAAGAUAAAGUUAGCAUAGAGUUAGCAAAACUUAGAGAACUAAAGCAAAAAAAAAUAGAGUAAUAGAAAAUAUUAGAAGGAGAAAAUAAAGAGGCUAGCGAAGAAGAUGUCAUUAAAGCAUAUGAAUAGAAACUUAAAUAGUAGUCCAAAUAUGAUAAAAGUGAAGAAAUGGAAGAACUGUAGAAAUAUAAUGAAGAGUUUGGAGCAGAUGGAGAGGAUGCUCCUACUUUAGUUGGUACAAAUUAAAAUAAAAAAAUUUAUUAAGUAGCUUAAAAGCCUCAAAGUAGAAACCUAAAAGCAAAUAAAGAGCAAGAAGCAUGUGUAGAUUUAACAUACAUGCAAACCAUGGAAGAAUAUAAUGAAAUUUAUAAUGAACAUAUGAGCAAAAAAUUUGGCUAUUGA